CCACCUCCUCACAUGCCGACAAUGCCUCCCCCUCUCUCUCUCCUCCUCUUCUCUCUCUCUCUCCUCCUCCUCUCUCUUUCCUCCCAAGCCCAAACUCCGGCCUCCUCCGGCCAAACAGUCACCAUAAACCCAACUUUCCGGUUUCAAAACCCCUCUCUCCGGCGAGCAUACUACGCCCUUCAGACCUGGAAAAAAUUCGCCAUAUUCUCCGACCCCUUUAACCAAACCGGCAACUGGAUCGGCCCCGAUGUCUGCCACUACAAUGGCGUCUUCUGUGCCCCUUCUCCCUCCGACUCCUCGCUCAAUGUCGUCGCCGGAAUCGACCUCAACCAUGCCGACAUCGCGGGCUAUUUGCCUCCAGAGCUCGGCCUGUUAUCUGAUCUCGCGUUAUUUCACAUCAACUCCAACCGUUUUUGCGGUGUAGUUCCCCCCACUUUCAAGCGAAUGAAGCUGUUAUUUGAGCUCGAUCUCAGUAACAACCGUUUUGUCGGGCAUUUUCCUGCCGUCGUUUUGAAACUCCCUCUCAAGUACUUGGAUCUCAGGUUCAAUGACUUCGAAGGCCCCGUUCCUCCAGCGUUAUUUGACAAGCCUUUGGAUGCCAUAUUUCUUAACGAUAACCGUUUGAGACUUGGGAUCCCUGAAAAUUUCGGGAACUCGCCCGUUUCCGUUAUUGUUUUGGCAAAUAACGAUCUGGGGGGUUGCAUUCCGGCUUCCAUUGGGAAAAUGGCGAACACCCUAAACGAAAUCAUUCUGAUGAACGAUAAUUUAACGGGUUGUUUGCCGGAUGAGAUCGGUCUCCUAAAGAACGUAACGGUCUUUGACGUCAGCUCGAACAGGCUUGCCGGGCCGCUGCCGCAGAGCUUCACCGGAUUGGUAAGCGUUGAGCAGCUGAACGUGGCGAACAACCGGCUGACUGGGGUCAUUCCGGCGGGCAUCUGCCAGUUGCCCAGGUUGCAGAACUUCACAAUUUCCGGCAACUUCUUCACAGGAGAGCCGCCGGUGUGUUCGGCUGGGGCUCCCGGGAGGUUGUUCAAUGACCGGAAGAAUUGCAUUGCCGGUCGGCCGAGACAGAGGAGCCCAGGUCAGUGCGCUGCCUUUGCUUCGAAGCCUGUUGAUUGUAGUACAUUCGGGUGUAGAAGCAACGGUGGCGGAUACAGGCCAUCACCUGUUCCGGCGAAAAGGAGGAGUUCGCCUCCACCAUCUCCUCGGGUUAACGGGAGCCCACGGCCAAAAAAGAGACUCAGGACGCCGCCGCCACCAGAAUCUGAGACAUCGCCGUCGACUAGGGCUCGCCCUCCUCCUCCGCCCACGCAGGGUCAGCAUACGCCACCGAUUGUAUAUGGUCCUCCUCCGCCUCCCAAGUCUUAUCCACCAAAGUGGAGCUAUUCUCCGCCGCCUAGACAUGGCGAGCAUGCACCACCUAAUAUCUAUGCUCCACCUCCGCCUUCGAAGAGUUAUCCACCAAAGCAGAGCAAUUCUCCUCCUCCACCUAAGAAAUCGUACGCUCCAGUGGUAAGGCAGUCUCCUCCACCGCCUUCUCCGCCUGUGUAUGUUUCUCCACCACCUCCGUCGCCUGUGUAUGUUCAUCCUCCACCAUCACCUCCAGUCCAUUCAUAUAACACUCCACCUCCACCAGUCCAUACACAACCUCCGCCACCACCAGUCCAGUCAUACACAGCCCCACCACCACCAGUCCAAUCAUACGCAGCGCCACCACCACCAGUCCAGGCAUACACAGCCCCGCCACCCCCAGUCUAUGCACAAUAUCCGCCGCCGCCUCCAGUUCAUAUAUACACUGGCCCACCACCUCCAGACCAUUCAUACUCUAGCCCGCCACCAACUCCAGUCCCUUCAUACACUAGCCCGCCACCACCUCCAGUCCAUUCAUACUCUGGCCCGCCACCACCUCCAGGCCAUUCAUACACCGCCCCACCACCACCAACGCACUCCUACACAACCCCACCACCUCCAGUACAUUCAUACACGGCCCCACCACCACCAACGCACUCCUACACAACCCCACCACCUCCAGUGAGUACAUACGCCGCCCCACCGCCACCACCGCCAGUUGAUGGAUGCAAAACACAACCAUCACCUCCACCACCAGUAUACACGCCCUCAUCUCCACCCCCACCACCGUCACCCACACCAGUGUAUACGCCCUCUUCACCACCACCACCACCACCACAACAUGCGCCACCUGUGUAUACAUACUCUUCUCCACCACCACCACCAACGCCAGUGUACACAUACUCCUCUCCACCGCCACCACCACCACCAACGCCAGUGUACACAUACUCCUCUCCACCGCCACCACCACCACCAACGCCAGUGUACACAUACUCCUCUCCGCCACCACCGUCACCACCACCACCACCAACGCAAGUGUACACGUACUCCUCGCCGCCACCACCGUCGCCACCUCCACCACCACCACCAGCAUUGUCACCACCGCCUCCACCGCCGGUAUUCGACAAUGUUCCUUUGCCACCAGUCUCGGGUGUCACUUAUUCAUCACCCCCUCCGCCUGUUUAUCCUUAUUAUUGAUGAUUCUUAGCUUUUGAUUAUUGCACAAACACUAUUCUUUUGUUAAGAAAUGGAGAUGGGUUCUCUGUUUUUCUCUCUAACUCUUGAAGUGAGAAGAUUUUGAAAGAUAUAUAAAUAAUGGUGGAAGGGUGGGGAGGGAUGUAGCCAGAUGAGGCAGCAAAAGCUUCAAAAGAUUGCUGGUGUUUGAUUCUUGUGA